UCUUACAAACCAAAAUAAUUAGCCACAAAUUAAAAGUUAAUUAGAUUUCUUACUUUGAAGAAAAUGUGCGGUGGUUCUGCAAUUGCUCAUUUGAUCCCUCCCAAAGACCGCUCUGAAUCCAUGUCAUUACCUCCAAAAGAUGGAAAGCGAAAGAGAGAAAGGAAGAAUGAGUACAGAGGAAUAAGACGGAGACCGUGGGGAAAAUGGGCGGCCGAGAUCCGUGAUCCGACUAAAGGUGUCCGUGUUUGGCUUGGUACUUUUUCAACUCCCGAAGAUGCCGCCCGUGCUUAUGACCGUGAAGCUCUUCGUAUUCGUGGCUCGAAAGCUAAACUUAACUUCCCAAACCAAGAGCUCCCAUCGAGUUCUCGUAUUUUUUAUAAUAGUGAUGCUUCGAUAGUGCCCGAGAGAAAAAAUACGAAGAUUAAAGGAGUUUCAACAUGAGUACGAGCACAAACUAUUAUAAUAAUGCUAUAUAUAAUGAUAUAGUGAAUGAAGAUAAUAGUUUGCAUGUUAAUCAAGCCGUUGAACAUGGAGGUAAGGGAGUCAAGUAUGAAUCCAAAUGUCGAAAAUUGCCAAUAUAUUUUUGAGAAUACGAGUACGAGUUAUCGAUAAUGUUGGGAUGCAAAUGGAGACCAAGGAGUUCGACACGAAUGCGAUUGCCGAAGAUAUGUUUUGGAAUUUUAAUUAUAUUUUUUAAGCAUGUAAUUUGGUUUUUAGUGAUUUUUAUUUGUAUUUUUAUGUUGUAGAAAAAUAUUGGUUUGUUAGGGAAAUUUCUGUUU